AGGCAGCUGUUGCUCACUUUGUUUUGUGUAAAUAAUUGGAUGCGGAGAAAAACGUAUUAUUAUUGCCAUACCUUCUCUAGUCUUUCGCUUUAACAAAUUUUCCAUGUCGGACGACAUCAAGAAGUAUUUAGACGGCCUGCUGCAAAAGGUCAGCGGGCUGUACGUUAUUCAGAUUACGGAUCGCGACGGAGUGCCCCUCCUGCGGGUUAGCCAGGAGAAGAACGUGGACUUCGCCCUGAUGCCCUCGUUCAUACCCACAUUCACCACCGCCUGCGAUCAGGCCAGCAAACUGGGAUUGGGCAGAAACAAGACCAUCAUCUCCAUGUACUCCAAUUACCAGGUGGUCCAGAUGAACAAGCUGCCGCUCAUCCUGACCUUUGUGGGCGCGGAGAACUGUAACACGGGACACAUUCUCGCACUGGAGCACCAGGUCGAUGGCUAUUUGGAGGACAUUAAACAGGCUGUCACCGAGGCCUAAAGUUAGUCUACCUUGUAAUAUGCAUAUUUUUAAUAUUUACUAAAUGUUUAUACAUACAUACUUUAUUGAGAACAGAAUGAGUUUUUAAAAAUCUCAACUCACCAUUGUACUAUUCCGGGAAUUUAUUUCAUAUCCUGCGAAGGGUGAUCUCAAAGAUGAACAAAGUUCCGAGUCCUCCGUUUUGGCAACAAUAUCAAAUAUGCAAACUAUUGACACUUUAUUUAAAAUGAAAAAUUCUUGCUGCCUAAAAU